GGGGAAACCAAGAAAGCUCGUGCGGGGAAAAACAUGGCGGACGACUUAAACUGAAAUACAAGAAAAAGCAUCGAAAAAUAACAGAUAACUUAAUAUGCCAGCAGCAAGCAGCAAGAAGCAGGACAAAUCCAAGAGCGAACAUGGUUCUGCUCAUGUUCUGAAGGGAGUCUACAUGUUCCCUAAUGGUGAUAAAUAUGAUGGUGAAUAUAUACAAGCUAAUGGAGGGUUGCAGAGAAGUGGCUAUGGUGAGAAUUUAACUGCAGGAGGACUGUGUUAUCAAGGAUACUGGAGUGAUGAUAAAAUGAAUGGACAAGGAAAACUCAUACAUCCUUCAGGAGCCGUAUAUGAGGGAGAAUUCGUUGAGAACAGGUUCCAUGGGUAUGGCAAGUACACCUGGCCUGAUGGCUCUAUUUAUCAAGGGAACUUUUCUGAAAACAAGUUGGAAGGUCAUGGUACAUUUACAGACAUCAACAAGCAAGUAUGGCAUGGCAACUUCACACACAAAGCUGCUCCUGGACUCAAGUUUAAAUUAGAUUUAUGAAAUAAUCCUUCUUAAAUAUUUCUAUUCUUCUUUCUUUUGUGACGUUUUUCACAAGUCAACACUGUUAUUUUAGUGGUCCCAAACCUGACUCUUCCCUCUAGUUGUCUCUUAUUUUAAGAGCGCACGCUUCGAUGAAAAAGUGAGAGACGACUGGGGACGAGUCAGGUCCCAAACCAUCUCCAACAUCCAUAAUCAAUAAAUGCCCAAUCCACUUAGUGCUAAACAUGCAUACAUAGUUUACUUCAUAUUUAUCAUUUGCCUUUUGUCUAAAUUUGUAAAAUGACACUGACUUCAUUUGUAAAGGGAUAUUUUUAUCAUGUAAAUAAAAGAUUAAACUAGAAA